UAUAACCACGACCACAACGACACACCCACCACCCACCACUGCAAUUCCUUAGCCUUCCCACCAGAAGCUCACCUAUCUCCCUUAUUGAUCACGAUGGCAAAAUCUCUCCGAUCCAAAGUUAAACGGGACUUCCGCUCAAAAAAACGUGAAGCUGGCAUUUAUGCUGCUGCCCAUGCUGCUCGGUUAGAAAGACUCCACGCAAAAUUGGCUGCAACGGCAGCACGGGAUGUAGAUGGGGAUUUACCGGUGAAGGGUGCCGAAGUCGUAGCUGAGGAAGAUAUGCCAGCCGACAACGUUUCAGAAGCUGUCGUUGAAGGAGGAGAAGACUCCAUGCGGAUGGACAUUGCGGAAACCUCAUCCAAACGUAUAUCGACACAUGGCCCUCGUGCCUCAAGGCGAGAAGAAUGGCGGUUAUCGAAGGGCUUACCUGCCCGACCCAGAUCUCGAGGGAUGAAUAGGCAAGGAGGCGUAGCGGCGAGAAGAAAAGCGGGUCGUUCCAAGAGAAGGAGAUAAUAUACCUUUCGAUAUACCUCUGGAGGAAGUCAAGUACCUCGAUUGUGUCUCGUUCAUUCUGUCAACCAAGGUCUAAAACGAAAGUACGCUUUUGAGUGCCUAGCUUCAAAGUGAGACUGCAUACGUUGCAAGAUCGCCACCGUCGCGCAGUUCAGACCCGUUUUUCUAGUGCAAAUUGAACUCAG